AUGGGCAUUCAUUAUCUUAAAGCCAGCGGAGAGGGGGGAUCCGGGGCGAUCCGCGCCGGCCCCGCCGCCGCCGCCACCACCGCAGCGGCAGCGGCAGCGGCGGCAGCGGCAGCCCCGCCGCCCGCCCGCCCUCCCGCCCGGGAGGCGCCGGUACCUGCGUCCGCUGGCCGCGGUGCCUGCGCGCCGCUGCGCCCCUGCGGCGGUGCGGCGCGUCCGGCGGAGCGGUGCGGCGCGACUAGCAGCGCCGAGCUGGAGGAAACGAGCGCCCUUCUCGCAGUCAAAGCAUCCCACGGCGCUGUCACCAGCUCUGCCCGUCGCUGCGCCCGGGCUCUGGCUCUGAUCUUCCGCGGCCACUUUUCUUCCCGGGAAACUGUACUCUGGACCCGGUGCCGCCCUGCCAGGCUUUGGAGGCGUUUGGUCUCGGCAGCCGUGUGCUGCUGGAGAAGGCAGCACGGGAGCGUGGCCUGGCAGGUGCCUGGGCGGCCGGGAUCUCCUUGCUCUGCUCUGCCGCCUCCCAAAAGCGCAGUCCCCGACACCGGGCAGUUCCAGUCGCAGCUGGAGAACAAAGUACGGCCGGGGCGAUCGGCAGGGAAAAUGAGCAAGGCAACGUUUUGUCUUGCGUUGGGUUUCACAGAACCGAAAGCUGGUGCUUUUCCCCUGCAGGCGAACGGGUAUAUGACUCAAAUAUGUCCUCGCUCUCCUACCUGCAUCCCCUCUGGUUCUCUUAAUGAAAGGGUCCAGCAGCACACAGAGUCGUGAGGAAUUUUCAUAUAACCCCUGCUGAAGACUUAGUAAGAUCCUCUGUACUGCAAAAUACCGUUUGCAUUGUGGGAGCAGAGUAGUGGUGAAAGGAUAUUUUGGGCCAUCUGUGUUUCGCAGAAGUCCCGCGGCACUAACGACACUGGGAACAGCAGAGAUGCACCAAAAAAGAGUGAACAGUCCCCACAGCUCUGCUCUCCAGGCUUUCCCGGAUACAAGAUGCUACCUUCCUACACCACAAACUAGGACAGCAGUCAUUGGGAGCCCACCUCUGGAGCCCGUUGCCUAUGCACAGGCUUCUGGGGGAACAAAUUCCAUCACAGCAGCCUCCAGGGAGGUCUCUAGAAAAGGCUGAUUUCCUUAGUUGGUUCUUGCAAAAGCUGCACCCCUUCUGCACACUCCUUGCUGGCAGUACAGGAUGCCAAACACACUGUGCCACAGUCACAAUUUGCCCUGACUGCAGUGCCCAUGUGAUUUUCCAGUAUCUGAGCAGAUUUCCAACGUGAGUAGGUUUUUAGCUGAAAAAGAGAUAGAAGUAUAGGAUAUAUGCAGCUAAUUGAUGUCAUAUCUCCACCGAACAGCCUGGUUUAAACUUGUAACGAUGUAGUCCAUGCUGCCACCUACGUCUUCUGAUUCAGCUUUCUUGUGUACUGCAGCUUCGAUUUGUAGGCAUCCUUCAGAAGGCAGCUCACAUUUUGUGAGACUCCACGAGGGACUACAAACACAGGCAAGCUCUGGCUACACUAGGGAAUGAAGCAAAAGCAUUUCUCACUGCUGCAGCCACUUGUUUGGUUGCAGUGAGGAUGCCUUGAUGCAGAUUAGGAACAAGCAGUCACAUCGGUGAAAUGUAAGUAGCGGCUGGAGCCUCGUCUGUAUGAAGGAUCCUGCCAGCACAGCUGUACCAGUGACAGCAGUGGAAUAUUUUGCUCAAGUUCUCUAGGGGAAUCAAAGCCUGUAUUUUGUCUCUGGCUUUCUCUGUUCUGUUGCUCCUCACUCAUUAAAAGUCAGACACA